AAAUGGUGAAAUUAAUCUCUUAACAUGGUAUUAUUUUGGUGUCAAACGAGUGUCAAAAUUCGACUGUGUUUGACAUAAUCAGAAAAAUGGCUGGUGCGCUGGCUCGAGUAAUUCAAGGAACAAAAUCACAUUUAGGGCUUGUUGGUCCCUUGGUGAACAUCAGUAAUGUGCCGGUACGAUGCCAGCAAACGCAGGCACCACCCACCAAGAGCCAGUAUGGACCCUUGGCAGAUAGUGAUAGAAUCUUCACUAACCUCUAUGGUCGACAUGAUUGGCGAUUAAAGGGGGCACUUAGCCGCGGAGAUUGGUAUUUGACGAAAGAUAUUUUGUUGAAAGGCACCGAUUGGAUUGUCAAUGAACUUAAAACAUCUGGUCUACGUGGGCGUGGUGGUGCCGGUUUCCCCACUGGCAUGAAGUGGUCCUUCAUGAACAAGCCCUCCGAUGGUCGUCCGAAGUACCUUGUGGUGAAUGCUGAUGAGGGUGAACCAGGAACAUGUAAGGACCGUGAGAUCAUGCGCCAUGAUCCCCACAAGUUAGUUGAAGGUUGUCUGAUAGCUGGACGGGCUAUGGGAGCUUGUGCAGCUUAUAUUUAUAUCAGAGGGGAGUUUUACAAUGAAGCCAGUAAUCUACAAGUUGCAAUUGCAGAGGCAUACCAAGCAGGACUGAUUGGCAAGAAUGCAUGCGGUUCAGGCUAUGAUUUUGAUGUCUUCGUACACCGUGGUGCUGGAGCCUACAUUUGUGGCGAGGAGACUGCUCUUAUUGAGUCCAUUGAAGGUAAACAGGGCAAGCCACGUCUGAAGCCUCCAUUCCCAGCAGAUGUUGGCCUCUUUGGAUGUCCUACCACAGUCAAUAAUGUGGAAACGAUUGCUGUUGCACCAACUAUAUGCCGCCGUGGUGGCAAAUGGUUCGCCUCGUUCGGCCGGCCCCGUAACUCUGGCACGAAGUUGUUUAAUAUCUCUGGACACGUGAACACACCCUGCACAGUCGAGGAGGAGAUGAGUAUACCACUCAAGGAGUUGAUUGAGAGACACGCUGGCGGCGUCACCGGCGGUUGGGAUAACUUGCUCGCCAUCAUACCUGGAGGAUCUUCUACACCAUUGAUUCCUAAAGAUGUAUGCACUACAGCUAUAAUGGACUUCGACGGUCUCGUAGCGGCGCAAACGUCCCUCGGCACGGCGGCCAUCAUUGUGAUGGACAAGUCAACCGACAUAGUGAAGGCGAUCGCUCGUCUCAUCAUGUUCUACAAGCACGAGUCCUGUGGACAGUGCACGCCCUGCAGAGAGGGUGUUUCGUGGAUGAAUAAGAUAAUAUACAGGUUCGUCGAAGGCAAUGCGUCACCUAAAGAAAUCGACAUGCUGUGGGAGAUUUCCAAACAAAUUGAAGGCCACACAAUCUGCGCGCUUGGCGACGGCGCAGCGUGGCCGGUACAGGGUCUAAUCCGUCACUUCCGACCGGAGCUGGAGCGUCGUAUGCAGGAGUAUGCCGCUGCCAAUGGCCCAAGCAAAGCUGAGAGGCUCUACUAGCCUAGCACGAUCUUCAGCUACACUAGAACAUGCCUUGUUGACAUGAGAUUGGGCUGUAAUAUUGAAUUUUAGAGUAAUUUUGACGUAGGUAUAUAAUCGUGAUUCGGCAGUGAAAAUCGGACUUCAUUAUCCAGUAUGCAGAGUACUAGUAAAUGUUACAAAGUUUCAUCGUUACAAGAUACUGGCUUAGUAUUGUAUUAUAAAAACUUUAUUGUACAUACUUUAUAUGGAACACAUUAGUGAAAUGUAAUAAACAAUGGCGAUCUUAUCCCAUAGAGGUUUCUCUUACAGUCAACCUUUGAUAAGCUGUAAGUAAAACGAUAGAAUGUUCGAGGGUUAAAAAUUGUAUAUCUAAAGAUAAAAUUUAUAAUAUAGUACUUUCCUAGCUAGUACAAUUUCGACAUUAUUGGCAUUUCAAUGGCACUAUCAGAACAUCAGCCCAUUUUAGACUAGAUAUAUCCUUUGCAGCUAAUACCAGCAAAAUAAUGAAAAAAUUAGAUUUCUUUUUUAAAGAGUCAUAUAUUUAAACCCCAAUGGGAUUAUCAAACGAUUAAAAAUUGACAAGUAUAAAUCGUUUUACCUAGUGUAAAACGAGCUAGUGGUUACAGAAAUUUAUUCUAUUACAACAAAAUUCUAAAUAAGCACACUAGCUUAGUUAGGACUGUGCAAAUUGAAUAAUGUAAUGUCUGCUGUAUUAAACUAAAAGGGAUGUAACUCAACCUAAAGGUUUUGAAACAUGUAUAAAUUAUUUUGAAAACGAACCCGUUCUUAUCGUAAUUCAUUGUAUUAUUUAUUAUUAAUCUGAAGCGGUAAGCCUAAAUCACUAUCAACAAUAUUUAGUCUAUGGCCCAAAUAGUGACUCAUAUGAGUUAAAUAAAAACAAUAACAUGAUUUUUUUAAUUUAAUUGUACAAAAUAUGUUAAUAAAAAUACUAUAAAAAAAAAAA